AUGGGCUCGGACCACGGGGGGGCAGCCGGAGAAAGGGCGGGCGGAGGGACUCGUGAUGAGGGGGGGGGGCCGUGGGGCGGCCGGGGGGGGGCGGCAGCCCGCCUGGCCGGGCUGGGGGGCGGCGGGGGCGGGCGGGGGGGCGCGGCGCCUAGGCGGGGGCGGGGGCAGCUUGCGCGUAGGGGACUAAGGGUGGGGUCUUCUUUGCGUUCCCAUUCCCUUUGUCAACAAAUUCACACAACCGAGCGUGGCAAUGGAUACACCUUUUCCGUACAGUUCCUCAUUGAUUCGGAACAACUCGCACAGUAUCAACGGGAACAUGUCAAGCAUGUGGAAGUGAAGGAAGAGCAAAAUGAACAAGCUCAACUCUGGUUGUGGGCUAAAUCCCAUCAUUUUUGCGUUUCCACGUUUGCACAACCAGGUGUUUACGGCGCCGUCAAUGGCGGCCAAGUCAACCCCACGGAACUAGUGCUUCGAUCGGUUCGCUCGGAAUUGGCGCAUGAGCAUAUGCAACGUAAAUUACCCCGGACAAUUCGGAAAGUAGAUGUGAGUUGUGACAAGGAAACGGAUGCGCCCCCAAACACUACGCUACAACUUCUCAAGUCAGCUCAAUCCGAGUCACCUCGAGGCAGACUGGAGUUCAAACGGUGGCGUCAAAUACCUGCUAGUUUGUCACUGCGGGCCAGCUCAGAUUACGAUUCGGUCGAAAAAGCCGAUAGAAUGAUGAGGGAACAAGAAGUACUGAAUCGUAUUCAAGAUGAACCGUGAGUUUACUAACGCCUAUUUAACGAUUCCCAUCAUAUAUACCCUAGCUGGUUUACAACAGUCGGUAUUGAGCUAAUCGCUAACAUUUGCUUCGCAAUUUGUCUGUAGCAUAACAUUAUUUGUUACCAGCCUUAAUAGGAGCUGCACAGCUAAAAAUUGAUUUUCUAGCCUUCCUAGUUCAUG